GCAGGCAUGCGCCCAUGUCAAACCGAUGCUGGAGAACAGCGUUCAUAAACAUGUAACGGCGACGGUGUCGCAUCAGAAAGACUCUGAACAAAGUCUGCCUGUGAAUGUAUGCCCAAGGGUGUGGCUUCUCUUUCAAACGCCCGGAUGCGUUGAAAAGACAUGGACCCACUGACCAGUGUACCAGAAAUAAGGCGAAGGCUCUACAAAAUGCUCAGGCAGGCUCUCAAGCGCUUGGGAACAGCACGUCCGCAGCUGGACCAUCUUCUGUGGGCUCUGCAUCGAGCACUGUGCCACAGAAUUCCCUGCUCUUACCUGUGGCUACACCGGAUGUUGUUCAGACCACUGGGAAUAGCACCUUCGGAGCUGCAGCCCCCGUCGCGAUGCCUCAGCAGCAAUUCACCUUCGAAGCCCGACCACCGGGCUUGGUGACCUGGCAAUUCGGUGCGCAGGCCCCACGAACUGAGCCAAGGUCAAUGAGCUAUCAUGUCCCAUCCUUGCCUGUGCUCCCACAGACAAUUCCAUCGCUCCCCAAGACGCAGGCCCUUCGAACUGAGCCAAGGUCAAUGACGCCUCAUGUCCCAUCCUUGCCUGUGCUCCCACAGACUAUUCCAUCUCUCCCGACGCAGGCCCCGAUUAUACCGACUUCUGUGCAGCAGCAGCCGGUUGUCACACGUCCCUUACAGGCCAUCCAGGGUUCGUCCUCGAACCAGAUUCCCACUCCCCUCCCAUCUACAUCUGUGCAAUCAUCGUCUUUACCAGUCAUUGCGGGUGAUUUUACAUUAUCUAUUUUUAAGAAGGCCGCUGCGCCAUCGUCUCCUUCCCCGCCCGAUGAUGUAAAUGAUUCAUCCGAAGGUCUAUUCUCUGCUCCAGCGUCUCCUUCCCCGCCCGAGGAUGUAAACGAUCCAUUCGAAGGCCUAUUUUCUGCUCCAGCGUCUCCUUCCCCGCCCGAGGAUGCAAAUGAUCCAUUCGAAGGCCUAUUUUCUGCACCUUCGUCUCCUUCCCCGCCCGAGGAUGCAAAUGAUCCAUUCGAAGGCCUAUUUUCUGCACCUUCGUCUCCUUCCCCGCCCGAGGAUGCAAAUGAUCCAUUCGAGGGCCUUUUUUCUGCACCUUCGUCUCCUUCCCCACCCAAGGAUGUAAAUCAUCCAUCCGAAAACCUUUUUUCCGCACGGUCGUCUCCUUCCCCGCCCGAGGAUGUAAAUGAUCCAUCCACAAGCAUCUUUUCUGCUCCCUCGUCUCCUAUCCUAUCUGAGGAUGCAUUGUUUGACUUGUACCUGUUCUCCGCUCCACCGUCUCCUAGCUGAGAAAGCGAUGAAUGCCUCUGGCCCCUAAAUCAAGCGCAUGGACUUUAUAUUUCUUCACAUGACAUUUUAUUUCACAGUUUUUG